AUGGUGGCAUCGCGGAUCAACAAACAGCUCGACGUUGCCAUUACUGCUCAAGAUGUUUUCGAGUGCUCAGACAUCGCCACCUUGGCCGAGCGAAUCACACCACUACCACGGUCGAAGAAAUACGUCUCGAUACCUCGCUCCAUAGCCAUGGAGCGGACGUCAAUGCCCCGGGCCGUCCACCGCGCCGGGGUCGAGUUCAUUUGCGCACCAGAGCCUGAUCAUCCGGAGCCACAUGGAACCCUGCACGGGGCCCCGGCGAUUGUGCCCCCGCGCCCGGGGAGUCUGGCCUACGUGAUGUUCACCUCGGGGCCCACCAGCCGUCCCAAGGGAGUCAUGAUCGAGCAUCGCGGCAUCAUCCGCUUAGCGAAGAGCAACGGCACACUACUCCGCUCUCCGCCGGAUUACCGCAUCGCUCACAUGGCCAACCUGGGCUUCGAUAUCUCGACGUGGGAGAUCUACACGGCGCUUCUGAACGGCGGAACUCUGGUCUGCAUCGAUGACAUGCCCACCGCGGGCGUCCACGCCGCGAUGUUCACCCCCGCGCUGCUCAAGAGUUGCCUGGACGAACACCCGCAGACACUACGCAGCCUCAGCCUGCUGAUGGUGGCAGGCGAUCGAUCGAGCCCGAAGGACCUGGCCAUGGCGGAGGGGCUGAUCAAAGGUGGGGGCGCGGUUGUCAAUACAUACGGCCCGACGGAGAACACCGGGGGAAGCACGAUAUACCGCGUCCCUCGCGGGGAGCGAUGUGUGAAUGGGGUGCCAAUUGGCCGGGCCCUCACGGACUCCGGCGCCUACGUGAUGGAUCCGAGCCUGCGUCUCGUGCCCCCCGGGGUCAUGGGGGAGCUGGUCGUCACCGGUGCCGGGCUCGCGCGAGGCUACACCGACCCGCAGCUGGACCAGGACCGCUUUGUGACUGUCGAGAUCGGCGGGCAGCCCACCCGGACGUAUCGGACGGGGGAUCGCGUGCGGUAUCUGCCAACGGACGGGCAAUUGGAAUGCUUCGGGCGGAUGGACCAGCAGGUCAAAACCCGCGGCUAUCGCGUCGAACUCGCGGAGAUCGAGCAGACCCUGCUCGCCCACAGUUCGGUCAGUGAUGCUGUGGCUGUGGUACAGCAGCAGGAACAGGAAGACGGGGGUUCGAGCAUUCUCGGCUUCGUCACGGUUCUCGAAGCGCAAGACUCAGCCCCGGGCGCGCACCCUGCUGAAGACACUUCGACCGAACAGGUCAGCAGCUGGACCGACCUCUUCAACACGGACAACUACGGCGCGAUGGCCGAUCUGGGACCUGACACAAUCGGUCGAGACUUCGUCGGAUGGACCUCGAUGUACGAUGGAAACAAUAUCGAUGCCGGGGCGAUGAACGAAUGGCUGGACAACACGACUGACACUAUCCGUCAGAGCGGCCCACAUGAUACCGUGCUGGAAGUAGGCACGGGGAGUGGGAUGGUCCUCUUCAAUCUGAUCCAUCAUCUCCAGCGGUAUGUCGGCGUGGAGCCGGCGCGCAAUGCAGUCCAACUUGUCACCGCGGCUGCCCAGUCAAUCUCCGGGGCGGCGGAGAAGAUUUCCAUGCAUGUCGGCACGGCGGCGGACAUUUGUCACCAUCAGAGCGACCAGUCGCAUGAUCUUGCCAUCCUGAACUCGGUUGCCCAAUACUUCCCCUCUUCGGGGUACCUGAUGAAGGUGAUUAAGGACCUGGUGCAACUGCAGGGUGUGAAGCGCAUCUUCUUGGGUGACGUACGGUCUUAUGCACUUUACCAAGAGUUCCAGGUGUCCAAGGUGUUGCACCGUCUGGGCGACGCAGCGACGGUGGACGACGUUCAACAGACCAUUGCUGAGGCUCCUGGUGUGGAAGAAGAGUUACUUCUUGAUCCUGCGUUCUUCACAAUGCUAGCAAGUCAGCUCCCCGACCUCAUCGAACACGUCGAGAUCCUGCCCAAGAAGAUGGACGCAACAAACGAGCUGAGCUGCUACCGCUAUGCGGCUGUACUGCAUGCCCGGCAGGAGGAGCACCCGCCGGUCCAGGUCCACGAGGUUCAGGAGAGCGACUGGAUUGACUUUGGGGGCGCUGCAAUGGAUGACCAAUCCCUCUUGGGGCUUCUGCAGAAGUCGACUCAGUCAUCCCUGGUCGCUGUGAGCAACAUCCCGUACCGGAAGACGAUCUUAGAAAGGCAGAUUGUCGAUCUUCUGGAUGAUCCGUCUGUGAAUGUGCUGGCUGCCCGCAACCACCGGCUCCAGACCCUCCGUCCCAUGAGCCAAUCCCCGCCGUCUCUUUCACCGGUGGAAUUGGUUGCACUGGCUCGGAAGACGGGCUUCGAGGUUGAGAUCAGCUGGGCCCGGCAGCAUUCCCAGCGCGGCGGACUGGAUGCUAUCUUCCACCGCAACCAGACGCAAAGCAAGACAGGGCGAGUGCUCUUCCGAUUCCCCACUGACCAUACGGGUCGGUCGCUUCGAACGUUAAGCAACCAUCCUCUCCAACAGCGACAGAAUCAGAAGACCGAGCGAGAGCUGCGGCAGAUGCUCCAGGCCCGGCUUCCCCAGUACAUGGUGCCCCGGUUGAUCGUGGUUGUGGACAAGAUGCCCCUGAACAACAACGGUAAAGUCGAUCGCCAGGCGCUCGCAAAGCAGGCCCACGUGUGUUCCAGAUCGAAGGUAAUACCAGAGAGAGUAGCACCAGGCAAUGAUACAGAGCAUACCUUGGCUCGAGUGUUCAGCGACAUUUUGGGGACGGAUAUUGGCAUUACCAAUAACUUCUUCGACCACGGUGGCGAUUCACUGAAGGCCACCAAGGUGGUGACGCGAAUCAACAACCAGCUGGACACUGCGAUCACGGUGCGAGACCUCUUCCAACAUCCCACCGUGGCGACUCUGGCUCUGGAGAUGCAGACCUCGCUGCUCUCGAGCCCAAAGGUUCAGCACCAGGAUUUCCCACCCUUUCCCCUCCUGGACUACGACUCCUCGUCUCUCACCCCGGCCGAGCUUGGCGAGCUAGGGCUUACGUCGACAGACGCCAUCCUCGACAUCCUCCCAUUGACAGGAUGCCAGGUCUGGUUUCUCACCCAGUGGACCCCAGUGACCAUCUCCUUCAUGGUCGACGGUCCCGUAGAUCUCGACCGACUGCGAGCCGCCUGCCGUGCGGUGGUCCAGAAGCACAGCGUUCUGCGUACCGUCUUCACCAGGCUUCGAGGCAGUUUUGUCCAAGUGGUCCUCCGGUCUUUCGCGGAGUGCUUCUCCCACCGGUUAGCAGAACAACAUACCGCGGACUCCUCCUUCUGCGCCGACUGUCCGGGCUGUGAGAUCCCUAAUCUCAGCCGUCAGAACCCUCUGGUGCUAGGCAAACCGCCCACGCGAUUCACGCUGAUCUCUCAGUCGCCCACGAAACACGCCUUUGUGCUCCAGCUCUCGCACGCCCAGUACGACGGGCUCUCGUUGCCUUACCUGUCCUCCGACCUGACCACCGCCUACAGUGCCGGCGGCGUCCUGCCAUCCCCCGCGAUCGCCGCUCCGUUCUCGCGGUAUAUGUAUGGCCGCCACCAGCACCAGACGGCCGCGGCCUUCGACUUCUGGCGCCGAUACCUCCGGGGCGCGACGAUGACGACGCUCGCCGGCGUCUCGACAGCGGCCCCAGACAGCGAUAGCAUCACCGACAUCAAAGAAACCGCGAUCGACGCGCUCCCGCGCUGCCUACCGGGGAUCACACUCUCAACCCUCACGAACGCGGCGCUCGCCUUCAUCCUAUCCCAGUACACCGACACCAACGACAUCACCUUCGAGCUGGUGAUGGACACGCGCGAGAACCCGGUCCGCGGCACAACCAGCAUCCUGGGCCGGUGCAUCAACAUCAACCCGGUGCGCGUCCAGCUGCCGGCCGGAGCGGCGGGGUCCGUGCUGGACCUCUGCCACGCGCUGCACGAGCACUACCUCCAGAUCUCGCGCCACAGCGUGCUGGAUCUGGCCGACAUCACCGCCCAGAGCACGCGCUGGCCGCGCGGCACGCGGUUCGGGUGCAUCGUCAACCAUCUGCCGGGGGAGGGGCCCCCGCCGCUCGCCUUCGAUGGCACCGACACCGCGUUCCGGUCCACCGACCUCCGCAUCCAGUUGCCCGACCAGGUGCUUAUCCGGUCCAUCGUGGCGGGCCGCGAGCUGAAGAUCCAGGUCCUCGCCUCCAGCGACGUGUUGAGCGCCCAGGAGGCCGCUGCGCUGGCGCGCCGUCUGCUGACCACCGUGCACCGGUUCGCCCAGUUCCCCAACACCCUGCUUUCGGCGCCGUGGCUGGCGCUAUAG